AGGAGAUUGGUAGGAGAGCAUUAAGGCUCAACGUGGGAGACGCAUACCCUUGAUGAUCCCUAUGGACGGCAGCAAUGCCACGACGACACUCUAUGACUCCGGUCUCAACCCAAACGUGGCGCCAUGUGUCACCACAAAUACAAUCCCCCCAAUCACGUGCGCCACCACAAACCCUCCCUCCCUUGUUUUUCUCUAUAUAUAUUUACAACUUUCACCUUUUACAAACCGAUCAUCCAAAUAGCAACAAUUUGUUACCAAAAAAAAAUUGUUUUAAUAUUGUCGGUACCUGAACAAGUCAACCUGCUGGUGUAGUUACUUUGGGGGGCUUCUCAUUUUAGCCAGCGAUCGACAAAGUUUUAUUACUCUUCCCGGACAUGGGGAGAGCGCCUUGCUGUGAAAAGGUAGGGUUGAAGAGAGGGAGGUGGACGAAGGAAGAGGAUGAGCUAUUGACCAAGUAUAUUCAAGCUAAUGGUGAAGGCUCUUGGAGAUCAUUGCCCAAGAAUGCAGGGUUACUGAGGUGUGGGAAGAGUUGUAGACUACGGUGGAUUAACUACUUGAGAGCUGACAUAAAAAGGGGAAACUUUACUGCCCAAGAGGAAGAACUCGUCCUUAAUUUGCAUGCUUCUUUGGGAAAUAGGUGGUCUUUAAUCGCCAGUCACUUAUCAGGAAGAACAGACAACGAGAUAAAGAAUUACUGGAACUCGCAUUUGAGUAGAAAAAUUCACAGCUUUAGAAGGUCAUUUACCCACACAAUCCCCGUCGUCAUGGACUUCAACAAGGCCGUCAUCGCCAAGCGUAAAGGAGGAAGAAACACUAAACCCUCAACUAAGAAACCUAUAGAAAACCCUCGAGUAGAUGAAACGGUGCCGUCUCCAUCCACCGCAGCAUUAGAAAAAGAAAUCCUGUCCAUUAUUUCGGUGGAAGAUAAGGAAGGAACCAGCAUGGAGAAUUCAAUGGUGUGCCCUAGUGGUGGAAUUUUAGCUCUACUUGAGAGCAUUGAAAGCAAUGGGAUGACGUGGUUUGAUGACAUAACGAAUAGUGAAUUGCUACAACCACAUGGGGAUUUGGAUUUUAGUGAAAUGACAGCUAAUAAUAAUAAUGAAAUAGUAGGUUGGAAUUGUACUGGUGGAGGAGGCGGAGAUAGUGGGAAUGAUUGGGACUUCAUGUGUUCUUGGCCAUGGGAACCUGAUGAUAAUAAUGUCCAUGGAGAACCACAUAAAUUGAACCAUGACUUUGACCGUCAUACUUGGCUUUACUCUUAAUGCACUAUGUUGAAUCUCGCGACCGAUUUUAGUUGGCAAAAGAGGAUUUUUUUUUUCUAGAGAAAAGUUCUAUCCUCUUAGAGCCAACCUCUUUUAGUUGUAGUUGUUCCCCUUUGUUUCUUCUUUGUGGAUUAUGUUGGAUUUUUUUAUCCACUUCGCUGUCAAU